AUGGCUGCAUUGCGCAUUCAAGCCUGUAUCAGUCAAUAUCAGACAGAGGCUGCCGAGAACGAUGUUCCUUUGGCUCGGAUAAUCUACUUUAAAGCCGGAAUCCAAUGGGAGAUCACUAGUGGCGUUGAGGACAAUGGUUUCAUCCUUCCGGAGCAGCUGGACAGCACCCCGGCUCCAUCACUGGUGGGACUGAAGUGGAUUAGGGAAUGCCUGGUGUCGUUGAUUCAGGACCAUCAGGAGGGCAUCCGUGAUAAGAUGGUGGAGAUUGAUAUAUCUUUGACUCAAUGUCGAGUUCCGGGUAUCACAUUCUGCGUACUGGGCAUGGAGCACCAAGGUAUCAAGUUCAGUGUAUCAAGUUCCGGGUACCGAGCAUCGACCAUUGAGUUCCAGGUAUCGACCAUUGAGGUCUGGGCAUCAAGUGCCGGGUGUCGAGUACUGACCACCGAACAGUAUCGAGUACUGAGUACCGAGCUCCAGGCUCCGGGUUCUGGGUGUGCGAUCCGGGUGCUGAAUGCCAAGUGCCGGGCAUUGACUACCGAGCUCCGAGUUCCGGGCCUCAAGUACCGAGUGUCGAGUACCGAAACCCAGCAUACACAUUUUGUAAAUUGGACAAAUCACCAUACUGAGUCCCGAGUCCCGAGUACCGAGUACCAAGCUCCAGGUUCCGGGUUCUGGGUGUUGAGUACCGAACACCGUAUACCGAUUACCGACUUCUGGGUGUGCAAUCCGGGUGCCGAGUGCCAAGUGCUGGGCAUUGACUACUGA